CCAAGGUACCGCGGCAGCACAACUAAGGCACAAUAGCCGAGAAGAAACAAUACAAACACACCACCCAAAAGAAGAGAAAAUCUCCAGAGACCCUCUCUCGCUCCUCCUCCCCCUUCUCUCUCCUCCCUCCCUCGGCCUCCUCUCUCUCCUCCGCGAUCCCGAUCGUCCCAAAUCUUUGGAAACCCUAAUUUUUGAACUUGCACAUUGUUCGAAACCCUUAUCGCUCAGAAAUUUUGAUCACUCUAUUUUAUUAUUCCGAUUUCGCCGACUGUAUCUAUCGCGGCUCUCGCAAACCCUAGCCUUUUUGUUUGGUUCUUGUUAUGGCUGCGAUUAACGCCACGAACAAGAGCAGCAACCCCGAAACGGCGCCGUCUCCGGCCUUGCAGUCGCCGCGUAACGCUGGCGAGAGUGUCAGCAGCCCGACCCAAUCGCGGCGCCCCACCAGGUCAGUCUCGUCGCCUUGGACUCAAAUCGUCCGCGGCGAAUCUGAGCCGAUCGCGGCCGUUCCUUCGUCGCCAUCGGCGGCUGUGACUGAGCCAGCUGUCGCUGCGGCGGCACCUCCUCCCCUUCCUUCUUCUUUUUCGGCUAAUCAGACUCAGUCUAACUCGGCUCCUCAGUCGAAUUCGUCUUCUCCUCCGCCGGUGGAGGAGUCGGUGGGUGAGGGAUCAGAUAACGGCAAUGCGGGUAAGAGGCCAGCUUGGAACAAGCCUUCUAAUGGGGCUGUCGAGGUUGGGCCUGUAAUGGGAGCUGUGUCUUGGCCUGCCUUGUCCGAGUCGGCUCGGGCUUCCACCAAAUCGUCUUCUGAAUCUCUCAAAGGUGUAUCAGAACCCUCGUUGUUGUCUGUCUCCGUACCGCAGGGAACUGGAAUCACAACUAUCUCAUCACCGAAGCAAGGGAAUCCUUCUACUCCAAACCAUACUGGACUUAUGCGCCAGAGAUCGAUGAAACGAAAUAAUGCAAAUGCCUCCUCUAAUGGUGGUGCUCCCCAGCAUCAAUCAUCUUCUGGUCAAGGUGGUGAACUGCCUUCAAGUAACCCACCUCCGAAGGAGCAUACCCAUAGAAAUGCAUUUGGGUCGCAAUCUCACAGCAAUAAUGAUCAUCCGCAACAACGUAACUCCUUCAGGAACCGAAAUAGUGGUUCACAUCCUCGUGGAGAAGGUUCUCAUCACAACUAUAGGCGGGAUCAGGACCGUGGAAAUCAAGAUUGGAACAGUCCUCGAAAUUUUAACAAUAGAGACAACCACAUGCAUUCUCCAAGAGGUGUCCCUAGGAUGAUGAGGCCUCACCAAACACCUCCACCACCACCACCUAAUGCUGCCCAAUUUAUUCACCAGCCGCAGAUGAGGGCUUUUGGUGGUCCUAUAGGGUUUGAUAUGCAACCUCAUCAACUGGUAUAUGUUGCACAUUCACCGCAUGAGCCACUUGUACCUUUUGUUGCACCACUGAGACAUCCCAUGAUGUUUCCUGCUCCAGAUCCUCAGCUGCAUACUAAAAUCAUUAAUCAGAUAGAUUAUUAUUUCAGUAAUGACAAUUUAAUUAAAGAUACAUACUUGAGGCGGAACAUGGAUGACCAGGGAUGGGUUCGUAUUAAAUUAAUAGCAGGCUUCAAAAAAGUUCUGAGUUUGACAGACAACAUUCAGCUUAUACUGGAUGCUAUGAGAAUGUCAACUGUUGUGGAAGUACAGGGUGAUAAAAUAAGGCGGCGUAAUGAUUGGGAGAGAUGGGUAAUGCCAGCCGCUCAGCCUCCAAAUGCCUCAGGCUCUCAAGCCCUUGGAAACUCCGGUCCGGAUACGCUGUCAGCUCAUAUCCAAAGUAUUGCACUGGACGAGAAGACCACUAACAACAAUGUUGAGAACAAUAAUCAGCCGCAGCCAUCCAGUGGUGAUGGAACAGGUCAAUUCGGUGUUCAAGCAGGUGCUGAUCGCUCUAUUUCAGCAAGAAAUUAGAGUAUGAGGCAUGGAUGUGCACUGACGAUGCGCACUCGUGGAGAGAAAUGAACUUGUGGGAAGAGAGGUUUAAAAGACACGCUGGUGAAUAUCUAGUUUUCUCUUUCUUUUUUUUCCUUUUUCUAUUUUUUUUUGGAAAAUAGUACUGCUGCCUUGGCAUGAUGAAACGGGCUUUCUCACCUGGCAAAUAGAAAGAAACAAAAAUCGGGAAAAAGAGAAGCAUCUAGGAACAGAAGCAAAAGACUAGUUGGGGAAGGAAAAAAAUGCUAAACGUUGACAACUCAAGCUAGUAGCAUGAGUUUAUUGGGAUUGCUGUACUUUUUUGUUUUUUUUGUUUCGGUUUUUUAACUCCUGUUAAAUUUUAUGUUGGCAUGGUUGGUGUUCUUUUGGGGAAAUUUUUGCUGUCUUUUCCCCAUACUGCCCCCUCAGCUGGUUUUUACAAUCUCUGGGGUCAGACAACCUCCAUUUUCUGGAGGAGAAUAUGUGAUUUUGAGCGUGAUGGAUGGAUGGAUGGAUGAAGGUGUUGGGGGUUUGCCUCCGCGUAAUGAGGGGAGAGGGUGGCAUUUGCCGGAUUCCCGCUGGAUGGUGCUACAGCAAAUUUGGCCUAGUUAUCGAUGGGAAGAGGAUCUCUCUUGAUAUUUUCUCAUAUAAUUAUAUAUUUAGAAUUAAAUUGACAUAAUGUAUACGUUUCUAUGAAUCUUCAGCAUUUGAGGAUUUAGUGCAUAAAUAGUUCCUGGUGGAACAAACCGGUGAGUGUUGUCCAGGUCGGAUCUGGAUUUGGGUUGGUUGUUCAUGUUUGUUGCACUUUUGGAGCUCUUGUGGGAUCUUUGACCUGCUUUGGAUCAUUGGAUUAUAUUUUAUAUUUUUAAUUAAAUGUACCAGAUGGUAUUUAUUUAAUUCCUUUGUAGUCCUUUUUA